GUCAAGGUACAUGUACCACCGCGUGUCCUCCGUCGCUCCUUGUUCGAGUCGGAAAAGUCGCAGCCAUUUUGAACGCACACUGCUAGUAAGAGAUCCGGUCAUGGACGAGGAGCAGUUCUUCCGGGCUGUAUGGGAUGGAGAUGUAGAGACUGUGAGGAGGGAGCUGGAGAAAGGGAUGGACGUCAACAUGGGGUUACAAACUCACCCUUAUCUCGGCUGGUUCGGAGUCACACUUCUGCAUGUAGCGUGUAGCGGGGGUCAUGAUGAGGUUGUGGAGCUGCUCAUUAAGAACCAGGCUGAUCUCAACGUGACUAACAAGAACGGAGACACAGGUCUGCAUGUAGCGUGUAGAUGGGGUCAUGAUAAGGUUGUGGAGCUGCUGAUCAGGAACCGAGCUGAUCUUCUGAUUACUAACAAGGAUGACAAACGCCCGGUUGACGUUACUAGACGAUUGGACAGAAGUACAAGAUUAUUGGUAGAAACAGAAACGCGGAAGCAGGCAGAGUACGGCGAGCUGGUCUCCUCUCUGGGUUCUGAAGAAGAAACAACAGUCAAGCUGUUUCUCUCUGGAGACGGGCAGGUCGGGAAAACAUCCUUAAGGGCCAUUCUAGAAAAGACCGGUUUCUUCCUGGCCGUUCUGUGGAACAUCCGAAUGAUGUUCAGAAAGGAAGAGUUCAACCCCACACCUGGAGUGCACGUGUCACGUAAAGACGUGAAGGGGAUCGGGAGACUGAGUCUGUAUGACUUCGCAGGACAGGCGCAGUUCUACGUCACACACGCCAUGCUGCUCCGUACAACAAACGCCAUCUUCCCGGUCGUCUACAAAAUCACAGAUGGGGAGGAGGAACAGGAACGUCAGGUCCAUGGUUGGCUAAGCUUCAUCAACUGCAGUAACCCAGACCCUACCAACAAACCCCGGAUCGUCUUGAUCGCCAGUCAUGCUGACAAGCUACAAGACAAGGCAGCAGGUCUCCGCCGCGCCGACGCCAUUGUAGAACACUACAGAAAGCUGUUCGAGGCGGCACUGGUGGUGUCACCGGAGGUGUUCCUGAUGAACUGCCUGAAAGCGGAGUCAGCUGACAUCAGACGACUGCGAAACGUGCUUUCUGCUUUCAAGGAAGAAAUGUUGGAGGACCGACAGGCAGUUCCAAAGGUCUGUGUGCAGCUGAUGUCCAACCUGGCACGCUGGAGGGAGGAGAGACAGACGUUCCCGGUAUUGCAGUGGGAGGAGUAUCUGGCCGUUGUUCGACGGGAUACAUCCGACGACGUAACAGAGAGAAUUGUACAGCUCGCGUCAUCAUACUUGCAUGAUAUUGGAGAGAUUAUCUACCUUCGCCGCGAUGCCACUUCUGUGGUAGUUCUGUCCCCCCAAUGGCUGUACACGUCCGUAUUUGGCAUUCUCCUGGCUCCUGACAACUUCCCCAUUGACAACAUCAAGCGAACUGCCCAAGAUCAUGUCACCUACGAGGAACUCGAGCGGGUCUUCGGCGCCGUUGCCGACAUCCCUCUGCUCAUCAAGCUGCUGCAGGACUUCCAGCUCUGUCACACGUUCGACAGUAACACCUUCAUCCUCCCCAGCCUGCUGCAACAGGAGAUGGACGAGAGCGCGUGGUCUCCUGUGUCCGGAAAGGCUGUCUACUUCGGGAUGCAGAUCCGCUGCCGCACGGAGAUUGACAGCUUCUCGUCCGACCUGUUCCCCCGGCUGCAGACGCUGCUGAUGCAGGCACACCCAGGCAAGCUCAGCCAACCUCUGCUGUGGAAGAACAGCGCCAAAUGUACCGACGGGAAGGCCGAGGCCCUUCUGCAGAUCUCGCAAGACAACAAGGGGCGGCUCAACAUCUUCGUCAGGAGCAAGAAAGGCAUCAGGCAACACUGCACAGCUCUCAUGGACGUCCUGACAGACAUGGCGUACAAACUCCUGCACGAGACCAGCCCAGGAGCCAGGUCACAAGACAUGGUGCUGAGUGCUUUGGACCUCCAGGAGCACAGAGCUGAGAUCCACGCCUACAGCAGGGAAGAGGUGGAGGAGGCGGCGGGGGAGGGCAGGGACGUCGUCCAUCCCAGGAGGAACAUUCCAGAAGACGUCAAGGACCUCCUCUUGCACCUCGGAAACCUGGAAGGCAUGCUGGGAAGAGUAGCCCGGAAGCGUGCCCAGCUGGUGGAGACCCUGCGUCACAUCAGCCCCAUCCUGGACCACCUUCGCGCCGAUGACGUCAUCAGCCUGGAGGAGAACGACCGCAUCCGGGCUACCAGGACUCCCCAGGAUGCAGCGCGCGAGCUGCUGGACAUUCUAGAGGCCAAAGGUGAACAGGCAUGCGUCUUGUUCCACAAAGCUUUGAAAAACGUUGACCGGUUUGCUGCAAGCCUCUUAGAUUAGAAAGCAAUGCACGUGAAAGAGGCAACAGCUAAUCUCCAAGCAGAUCAUACGGUGGCAAGGCAGUAUCCAUUGGCCAGAGGAGUGUCCAUUAGCCACCCAAGUAUGGGUGGCACAUGGAUACUGUCUAGCUAAUGGAUACUGCCUUGCCAAUUUGAUACUGUCUCUUGGAGAUUAGCUACAGCAGGUUUGAUCAACCAUGGUUUUUAAUCUCCUUGGAUCAAUCUGGAAAUAGCCGUUGUAUCAUAUUUUAGCAGUGUAAAUAGCAACGUGUUAAUCAUGGAACAUUAUACAUUUGCAUGACUUUUAGAUAUGAAAAGAAUGAAGGGGUUGUUGAUGAAAAUAUUUGGUUGCCUCCACCUAAGAAUAUCUUGUUCCCCAGAUGUAGAUAUCAAAGUUGAUACAUGUAGAUACAAACCUUCCGCAAAGCAACAGGAAACGUAUAGAAGCAUGUUUUCAUUGGUACAAUAUAACCACAGGUAGUUGGACAGUUUAGUUCUCAUUCCGAUAUAAAGAAGUUUGGUGAAACUUGUGACCUGUAUGCUGCCAGCCUCUUAGAAUUUUUUCGUUGAAUGUAUUGUGUACGCAAAUUGAAAUUCUAGUAAAUAUCCAGCUUUGCACUUCCUUGUUAAAGCAGGUUUGUGUCUUCAGUUGUUAAGAGUUUAAGUAGUAAAACCAGUUCUGACAUUAGCAAGUAGUAGGUCACGGCACUUAAAGUAAGCAUCACCUGAUCUAAGGCCACAUGUUAAGUAAGCAUCACCUGGUCACAUCCACGUGUUCCUGAUUCUGGAUCAUAAAAGUUAUCUUUGUCAAUAGUUUUGUUUGGAUUAUCAUAUGUGUAAAUUGAUACAUAACUGCCACACUGGUCUUGGUUGGUAUUUGAUCCCUUUUAGAAGUCCAUGGACAGAUGCCUAUGUGCGGAUAUAAAAGACACUGUUUUUAGACCCAAAGAGCACAAGUGUUCAACAUAACAUGUAAGCAGUAUGACUGCACCUUGGUGAGGGUCACCUUCAUUGUACAACACGUUUACUAAAACACAUUUCAAGUCCUUGGUGCAAAAUUCAGCUAUGUUAAGAUGGAAAAGUUUACCAUAGAUAUAGACUGUCAAUUUUGUUGUAGCCUACGACAUGACAAAGGAGUCAUACAACAUGUACAAAAGUUACUAGGCCUCCCCCCCCUUAAUCGUUAAAUUCUGACUAACCAGGCUUCUUAAAACUAUAUAUACUUGUAUAUAUUGGUAGAGCUUCUUCAAUUUAGUUAAGAAUCACUGUCCUAAAUAUUCCAGGGUCUUUAUAUACAUGUAUGAAAACAUUAUUAGAAAGUACAAACAGUGACUGACAUUUCCAUGUGUAGUUGGUUUCUGAUGAGCCAAACACUAAUACAGGUACACGUACCUUGUUAUUUCUGUUCAGCCUAUUCAUACAUUGAUUUGGGCCAAGUACAAUAAUAUGUUUCUUUCAAUCUAUGUAAGUAUGUUGUAAUCUUCACUUUCUCCUUAGCAUGUAGUUGAAUCCAGUAUUAAUGUUAUGAUGCCACACAUGUACUUCUUUGAUAUAACCAUAGUCAUACCUACAUUUCCAUGUUUAGUUGGUUUCUGAAGAGCCAGACACUGAUACACGUACAUACACCUUGUUAGUAGUUUAAGAGUAAAUCUGUUCAGUCUAUUCAUACAUUGAUUUGGGGCCAAGAACAUAUAUAUAUGUUUCUUUCAAGCUAUGAAAGUAUGUAAUCUUUUGCUAAGCAUGUAGUUGAAUCCAGUAUUAAUGUUAUGGUGGCAUACAUGUACCUCUUUGAUAUAGCCUUAUCCAAAUUCGUGUUAUACAAACUUUUUUACUUUGUUACUAGUAUACGUGUUCAAAGUCCAAGCACAGUAUGUUUGUAGAGUUCUGCACUGUCAAUAUUAAAUUCUUAAUGAUUCUGUGACCACAAAAUAGCAAUCAAUGUCUGUCAAAAAAGCAAAAGGACAGUCAAUGUUCUGUUAGUCUGUACUAGUUUGGACAAUUCUGGGCAUAGUUGAUGUUGUAAGGUAUGUUUUAUGCAGCAUUGUACAAUAAAGAAA